CCUGCAGUGGUAGGUCUGGGCAUUUUGCACCUUCUAAAUAGCCUGCUGGCGUGCGCGCGGUUACGUCAUCUCUCAGGAACGCUGGCAGAGGGAACCGGCUGACUGUCCCGGAUGCCCACCGUCUCUAUCAACGAGCACCACAUUCGCCUUUCCAAGCUCCGUCCGUUUCAAAACUCAAGCUCCAGAGAACCUUCCCCGGUUCCCUGCAGCCUGUGUUAAGACAUCUGCAAUGUGCUGCGGUUGCUUCUGUGCAUUUAGCAAGUAGUAUCGGACAUAGUAGGUGCUCAAUAAAUGAUCAGGUAACCUCAAGUAAUUUUUCACUCAUUCAUUCAACACUUAAAACGCUUGUCUAUUUCUGAGGAGCCUUCUCUACUCUUUGCCGGGCUCUGUGCUAAGAGCUUUUGAUGCAUUACUGCUUGUAAUCCCCGCAACAACUCUGUGAGGAGAUUCUUGUAUUGUCCUUGUAUUAAAGGGAAGGAAACCGAGGCACAAGUCCUACAGCUACAGGAAGCCUAACCAGAGGCCUCUGCACAAGCCUCAGCUGACUCUGGGAAGCACCUGGCUCCUGGCCAAAAUGAAUUACCCAAGAACUUAGGUUGGCUUUUCCUGAACUACAGAGAGGCUGGGGGCGGGGCCGACAGGAAAUUUAAACCGAAGCCGCGACCGAGGGCGCCUAGAGACUGAUAAUGUACCCGUGGAGUUGCCAUCGGCCCUCGGACGUCUGAAAUCGCUCAUGGAGCCCGCGAAUAUAACGCGGAGGCCUUGAGGAAGGAGUACGGAGGCCGAGAAGGAGCCAAGAAUUUGAGGGAGCCAGGAAAGGGCGACGGCAAAUUCUCUGAGCUGCAGAGUUCUAUGGCUGAGAGUAGGCUCCGGGCUCCGGACCUAGGGACUCAGCUGGGAGUUUCCAGUUGUCUGGAAAAAUGCCGGAAGAACUCACCAAAUGCUGGGAGGCAGCCCUUCUCUGGAAAGUCCUUUUAUCUGGAUCUGCCUGCUGGCAAAAGUCUCCAGUUUUUGACGGGGGCCAUCCAGCAGCUGGGUGGGGUAAUUGAGGGUUUUCUGAGCAAAGAAGUAAGUUACAUCGUGUCCAGCCGCAGGGAGGCGAAGACAGAGAGCAGUAGGACAAGCCCCAGAGGCUGCCCCAGCCCCAGCGAGGUCAGAGGACAGACACCAUCCAUGGCCCAUCCAAAGGGUGGCCACACCAGGCCUUCACAGAAGCCUGCAGACUCGGUGCCUCUGAGCAGAGGGAAGGAGCUGCUGCAGAAGGCCAUCAGAAACCAGGAGAGUAGCAGCGGAGGAGGCGGUGGGAGCAGCAGCAGUCUCCUGACCAAUGCCCGCUCCUGGGGAGUGAGGAUCCUGCACGUGGACGAAAUGCUGAUGCACGUGCAGCAGCUGUCUCUUGAUGCUCUGUGUGUGAAGAAACAAGGGCCGAAGAAGAAGCCAGAGGGAGCGUGUCCAGCAGAGUCAAGAACGUGGAAAGUGGCCAAGCUGAAGGCACCGUUCCUCAAAAUCGAAGAUGAGAGCAGGAAGUUUCGUCCCUUCCACCAUCAAUUUAAGUCCUUUCCUGAAGUUUCUUUUCUGGGACCCAAAGAUGCAAGUCCCUUUGAGGCCGCGACGACCCCGGGCAGCUCGCAUCGCACCAGAGAAGCCAAGGACCGAGAGCAGAGCCCGCAGUCAGCCGCCCGCACCCUGCCCAGGAGGAGGAAGGGCUUCUGUGAGUGCUGCCAGGAGGCCUUCGAGGAGCUCCACACGCAUCUCCAGAGCCCCCAGCACCAGGGCUUCGCCCUAGAAGCCCACCCGUACGCAGAAGUCGAUCGGGUCAUCGCCCAGCUGUGCCGCAGCUCUGCCGAUGCCCCACCCUGGGCCGGCCUCCCCAGGCAGCCGGACUCCCCAACUUCAGAUGGUGAUCCUCUGCGGCUCGAGACUCUGCCUCCCAGCCAUCCCUCCCAUCCCCAGGCAACGUCUCCCAGGAGGAGAGAGGAAGACGAGCACCUGGGUGCCCUAGAGCCAGAUGGAACAGCAGGCAGCAUGAAGCCCCCUACUGAACCCCCUGCUGAAGCUGCGGGGUCUGGCAAGAUGCCAGGACCAGUAGCCAGCUGCCAGGAGCUGGGGGGACCGAUGGAUGUCAUUGCAGACCCCCCAGGGACACCAGGGUCCACGAGCCCUGGACACCAGUGCCACCUGACAAGCUCUGGUUCUGCGGAAUUCUCUAGCCCGGACAUGGCCCCUGGUGGCCACAAGCGGAAGGUUCAGUUCCCCAGUGGCAAUCCCGAAAAGAGGUCAGGGGUGUCCCAGCCACAGGCCUCCUUCUUCGUCCUGAGAGCCAGCAGCCCUGGUGGCACCAGGACAAGCAGCAGCAGGCCUCUCUCCUCCCUUCCCCUUCCAGGCCGCGAGCACAGGCCUUUGGCCUCCCUCCUCCCCUUAUGCCACCCACAGACCUGCCUCUCCCUCCCAGAGCCCUUCCCCUGGCAGCCCACAGAGAGGCCAGCAGAGUGCUGGGCCGCACAGCCCCCUUGGCCUGGGGGAGAAUGGCCCCCGGGGAUCUGAGGAGUCAGAGUGUGCACCCCCAGCCCUGUCUGUGGCUGGCUAGCCUGCACCCUGCUGCCCUGUGGCUCCAGGCCAGCUGUCCGCGCGGCUGACAUGCAGGCCCCAGGAGGACCUGUAAGAGCCAGUCUGCCUCUGUACCCCCCACCACUACCAGGCCUCGGAGGAGCCAGCUGUGCCCGGUGGCUCCGUCCCCCACCUCCCUGUCUCCCAGCACCGGCAGAGGACCGCUCCCCGAGUUCUCUGGGGCAGCAGCAGCCCCUGGACCCAGGGUCAGAGCCACACAGAGCGCCUCAGGGCCUCACCGCAAGAGCCAGAAGAGCCCCAUGGCCUGGCCUUUGAUGUCCAAGUGAGCAGCUGCAGUCAUGGCCAAGCUCUGUGGGUCACGGCCAAGCUCUGUGGGGUCAACAGAGCCAGUCCACCACUCGCCAGGUCUGUGGGUGGGGAGGACCAAGGGAGUCUGGGCGGGGGGCCACCCUCUGCCCCUCCCUCCAGCCGUGUCCCAAUGACUGCAGUCAUCCGAGCCUGCCGCCCACUCCAGGAGGCAGAGGCAGGGGUGGCGUAAGGAGGGAACACAAAGAGGCUGGAGCAGCAGGAGCCCUGGCCUGGCUUCCUGUCCCUCUGCAGGCACUUGCCUCAUGCAGCAAGUUUUGGUGUUCCCCACCCCCACCCCAGCUUCCCUUCCCAGGAGCAUGUGGCUCUCCUGCUUUCCGAAAUGCCUGUUUGUCCCCUCCCCCAGCCCCCCACGCGCGUGCACACAGAUCCUCAGGAACAUACGAAGCAGAGGAGGGGCGGCUGCAGCACCUCCAGAGCUCCCUCGCCCCUGCAUUUGGGGGGAGCCCAGCACUGAAUGGACCUUCACCCUGAGCCCCGGGGACGGCCAGACCCCACACACACAUCCAGGGACCCUUCUGCUUUUCCAUGGCUGCCCCCCCAUCCCAUUUCUGCUAUGCCAGGGUCAGCAGUUCACCUGCCAACUUCUGCAUCACCCUUUCCCUCCCUCCCCAAGGACCUCCCCCCAUUUCUUCCAGCCAAGCCAUUAAUCUGGAGACAGAGAUGGGUUUGCUAUCGAUUCUCUGGCCACUUUUUUUUUAUUAUUCCAUUCCGUGCUGUGGUUCUUCUCACCCUUCUCUGCCUCUGUGCGUUUGUUUCUUUAAAUGUUGGAGCUACCAGAAGCCUGGUGCUAUGCUGUGUCUCAUUUUGGAGAAGGAAGGGGGGCCUAGCUGCGGGUGAGGACCUGAGUUGUUACUUUGGAAAUAGAGCAACUGUGUGUACAACCACCCUCCUAGAGGUCAUGUUUGGCCUUUUUAUGCCAUUCCUGUUAAAUUCCAUAAUUAAUCUUGGUUCAGGAACUGUAAAUAAAUUUGUUAAUAACAAAUAGCAAAGGGACAGGGCUGGAGUGCAGUGUGUUGGGCCCCAAAGUGCCCUGCAGUGAUCCCGAGCAGGGCCGCGGGCCCGGUAGACAUGGAUGGAGUAAGUGACCGGCAGGAUGGGAGCCCCCCACGAGUGGAACAGUGUGUCAGCCGCCACCCUCCCCCGCCCAGUGCCAGAGGGCUGUGGGGUGGAGGGGCUACAUCUGUCCCGUCUCUGGUCACUGACUUGGUUCGACCUGCCAGGCGGUCACCUCCAGAGGGCAUGGCCACAGCCCACUGCCAAGGAAACUCCUUUGCCCUAAUGAGCUUUGCUGCUGGGGCCCUCUCUCUUGUCCCCCGUUGCUUCUUCCACAACACUGCCACUCUGGAUGAGAAGUUUCCUCCCACCCCUUUCUCAGACCUCUGGGAUGUCCUCCUAUGCUGCUCAAAGACCAGCACACCCAGGGCCAUCACCCUCCUCGCCAUCUACCUAGGACCUCACAGCCAGCUGGCCUUGCCCUCCCUUCUCAACGGUUGUGACCUUGGAUAUCCCCUCUCAGCCAGGCCAAGGCCCAGGGCUGUCUCUCCUUGUUCAUGUCUCCGUUCCAGCCUCCAGGAUAUAAAUUUAGAGGGGACUCUAGGAGACCUGAGCUCAGACAGAGAGGUGCUGGCCCAUAUAUUAAACCAUAAGUGACUCCUUGACAUGGGGACUAUUCGAACCCCCUUCCACUCCUCUGCAGAUGACCUUGACUCAGACCACACAGGCACUGCCUCCCCCUGCUCUCUAGCCCCUUCCCCCAUCUGACUCGGAGAAGGAGCCAUGUGUCCUCCCUGUCACCAUCCCUGCUUUCCAGUCCACCCUGGUGAGCCUUGUCAAAUUCCUUCUCAGAUUUGUCAAAUUCUCUUCCCUGUGCCCUAAUACUCCAACCUGGAAAAUACUCGCAUUGAUUCAGCAGGCUGCCCCCUGUUCCCCAGCUACUUCCUGCGGUCUGCAGCCACUGCCUCCAUGUCUGCGCCUGCUCGCCCUUCCAAAGCCACGGAGGCUCUGCCUGAAGCGCUCCACUGGGCUUGCCCCUCCCAAGGUCAUGGAUAACCUGAGAAUUAUCAAAGUUGGCCGCCUCCUCUCCUUUUCCACCUUGAAAUCUGGCUCCCUGCUCCAUGUCCCCCACCACCACCAGCCCGGUCCUUCCCUCCCCCAGCCUCGGGCCUCUGUACCAGCCUCAUUGAGCACAGGCCUAGAUGUCUACCCUGAGUCAGCUCCUGGAGCCCUAACCCGCCCUUCCGCACCCCUGCUUCCCCAACCUGGGACCUUUGUCCUCAGCUCCAUGCAUGCGCUGCUCUUUCCUUUUGCAGAUGGGACCAGAAUUGGUACCUCUACCCUUGGCUUCCUUCUGAAUUCUACUCCUCCCCUGCACUGUGGGAAAAGGCAGGGGAUCUCAUCACACCCCCGCUCACACUGACUUCUGGCAAGUCCCUCGACUACACUGGGCCUCAGUUUCUUCAUGUUUCAGUGAGGGGCUUGGAUGAGAUGACUUCAAAGGUCCUUCUUCCCAAUAAUAAAAUACCUGAUGGCCAACGGGUCCCUCGUAUCCCUCUACUGCCACUACUACAGACCUACUUACCUAGAAACCCAUCCUUCCAGCCAGGACCGCCUCCCCGUCCCACUGCGUCCCCCUGUGUCCCCCUGUGUCCCACGCCUCUCCUGGCAUUUUCUCCCUCUGUCCCUCAGCCUCUCGCAUCAGACUCAGGUCCUUCUGGCCCCUCCCCCUGCUGCCCGGCCUCUCCUUACAGCCUCCCAGCCUCCUCCCUGCUCUCUGCCACCUCCUGGUCCCUUGUCUGGCCACCGCGAGCACUCCAGUGCUAAGGCCACUCUCGGUCACCAACCUGGAACGCCCCUCGAUGACAGCAGGAACGCCUUGCUCUUCGAGAUGCAGGUUCCAGAUUCCCCAAGAACCCCAUAGUAUGUGCCUGUAGGCUCCACGGGCCCACGCUCCCAUCUGGGGCCUGCCCAUAACUGACCUUUGGCAAGGAUCUUGGGACACUUUUCUUAGUCUGAAAAAUGGAGGUAAUGGUAGUUUCUGCCUCACUGGGAAGUUGCAAGAUUUAGAUCUGUUUGUGAGGUUAUAAACACAGUAACACACAUUAUAAACACUCAGCAAACUGUUCGUCUGUCGCCC